ACUAGAAAUUUCCAAAUUUUAUUUAUUUAUCUUUUUUAUUACGCACAAUUGAAGUUGAACGGUAACCGUCUGCCACUCUAUCCUCGUGCGCUUGAAGACCGGUGCUCUUUCGUUUGUGAUAUUCAAUAUUUACUGAAGAUUUUAAUUGUGAUACUAAUUUAUUUAUUACAAAAUAAUACAUUUUCAUUAUGGCUAAGUGGGGAGAAGGUGAUCCUCGAUGGUUAGUGGAAGAACGACCUGAUGCAAAGAAUGUGAACAAUUGGCAUUGGACUGAAAAAAAUGCCUCUCAUUGGUCAAAAGAAAAGUUUAGAGAAAUUCUUGUUGGGACUAAAAUUGACACUGAUUUUGCAAAUUGUGAAAUAACUGAAAUUUCAAAAUGUGAGGGUGAUGCUGUUGUAAAUAAUAGGAAAGCUAAACUUAUUUUUUUCUAUGAAUGGGGCAUUGAAGUGAAAUGGUCAGGUCAACUGGUCAAUAGUGAUACAGUUGUGAAAGGCACAUUAGAAAUCCCUAAUUUAAGUGAAGAGCAUGACAUGAAAGAUGUUGAUGUAAAUGUGCAUUUAGAAACAACUGGACCUGAAGCUGAUGUUGUGAAAGAUAUGAUGAGAAAAACUGGUAGUGAAGUAAUUAGGAGACAAUUAAGCUUGUAUGUUAAUUCUUUAAAAGAGGAAUUCUCACGAGGCCUUAUCUUACCAACUAAGGAUUCCAUCCAGCCUGAUGAAGUUAAAUGUGAUAAAUCUAAUAUGAAACGUAAUAUUUUUGAAAAUGAAGUUGUAAAUUGUUCUGUGAAAAAGGCAUUUGAAACUGAUACAAUUCAUACUACUGAAACAUUUAAAUGUACUGCUGAUGAUUUUUACCGUGCAUUGACUGUCAAAGAACUGGUUCAGGCAUUUACUCAAGGGUAUUGCUUAUUGGAAACUAAAGAAGGAGGGAGAUUUGAAUUAUUUGAUAACAAUGUUCAUGGUUAUUUUGUUAAAUUGGAACAAUCCAGAUUAAUACAGCAGAAAUGGAGAUUCAAGACGUGGCCCAUAGGACACUAUUCAGAGGUGACUAUUGAAAUUAAACAGAAGUCGGACUGCACCGAAGUUACUGUUACUCAAACAGGAGUACCAAAAACUGAGUUAGACAAAACUAGAGAAGGAUGGAAAAGGUUUUAUUGGGAUAGUAUGAAAAGAGUUUUAGGUUUUGGUGCUCCUCUAUUUUAAUAUUUCUCAUUACUUAUAUCUGUUGAGCAAAUAUUUUCAUCUGGUAUUAAAGUUUAUUUACCUGCCUACGCGAAAAGACCUGGAUACUAUACAUUCGAUCGAUUUAAAUACGCAUUUCUGAAGAAAAAAAAAGCUAUUAAUAUAUAUUAAACAUUAAAUAAUAUUCAAUUAUUUUAUGACUACUUUCAAGCGAUUUUUAAAAUUAUAAUUCAAUUAAUUAAUUAAUUCAAUUUCUUUGAAAUAAAAAGAUUCAUUUUUUUUUCUGUCUUGCUUCUGCUCUUUUAAGUUAUUUAUCAUAAAUAUUCAUUUGAGCCUUGUCAUGUGAUAAGAGAACAAGAUGUAUUCCUCACAUUAUUUUCUCAGGUCAUUGAAAGUUCAAAGUAGUUUAAAAUUCUGUUUGUGCAUUUUUUUCCCCCUUUCAGUCAUUCAUCUGAGCCUUGUCCUAAGUUAUUUAAACAGAAUGUAUUUCUCUUCUUAUCAUUAUUUCAGAUACAUUAAAAUUCCAGAGGGUUUUAAAAUUUUGUAAUGUUUCAUUAAGGCUGUACAACUUUUUUUUUUCUGUAUUGUCUGUGAAUUGUCUGGGAUAGUCGCAGUCCUUUUUAAUUUCCAAGAGAAAGAUUAGGAAAGUUAUCAUGCCAUCUUUAAUUAAUCAGUUCUUCUGAAAGUUUGAGAAUAGCCAUGUUGAAGAGCAUAAAUUUUUUAGAAUGUUAAUGGUACCUUAAUUCAGUCUGUGAUAAUAUCAUUUAAUUGUUUUGAGUGCCUAGCAUUUCUCCAGAUUUCUAGUUAAAAAGAAUAAGAUAGCACCAUUAUGCCUUUCUAAUCCAUCAUGCAAAAACACUAGAGUAUUAUUUCACUUUUUCAGUUUUAAGUUUAAGAACUCACAAACAUACAUUACUGUUUGAUGAUUGAAUAUGUAGUACUAUUUAUAUAUAAAUAUUAUCUGUUAUAAAGAAAACAAUUUAUAUGGUAAAAAUGUGCAAUAAUAAAAAUAAACGAAAUCAAAAUGUACAAUCAUCUUGGUUCUGUUCAUUUUUAUGGUGAUACGUUUAAUCCCUGUGAAGGCAGAGAUGUCUUUAUAGCACUCUGACACUUAAAUAUGUCUUCAUAUAUUUAAUUACAUUGUGGUAAAUACUUAAUAAAUUUAAUUUUUUUAGAUGCUGAAAUAAAUUGUUAAAUGACAUAAAAAUUAUGUUUAAUUUCCAAUAUUUUAUGUGCUAUUUGGCUUAUAUGAUUUUAAUAUACAAUGUGAUAUUCAUGAUGUCAUUUUGUUUUUUUUAUCUAAAAGCUAUUGUUAUUCAUAAAAAAAAUUAAGCACAAGUAAAUUCGAAAAAUCUUAUUUGUUUCAUUUAUAUGUAUGUUAUUUGAUUUUCCAUUGUAAUAAAAGCUUGUAUCAUACCUACAGAUCUUGUGCCCUAGUGAAAAUUUAACUCUGGUAUAUAAAUUAUUUUCUAUGCUGUUGAAGGCCCAUUCUAUUUUGGGAAUAUAUUGCUUUUAAAUGUCUCACGGGCUCUUUAUUUUUCCAUGUGAAUUGAAUAUAUUGCUAUUUAGCUACCUUUUCAAGUUAAAGAAUUUGAUAAUCGCGUGUAUACUGCUAACAAGACAAAAUUAUAUUAGUACAUUGAACUUGGAUUAGAAGCUUUGAUAUAUCGCUAAGAUAGCGGUUGAGAAUUUCUGUAAUAAUAGUAAUAUUGCACUCAGCUCCACAUUAAAAAAAUAAACCCUCUGUAUUUAAUAAAAGGCGAAUAUCUGAUUAAAACAUUAUAGUAUGAUUUCAAUGUUAAUUUACCAUCUAAUUAGUGGGAUACCUUGUGAUUGAUAUUGGUUUUCUACUUUUCGAAUUUACCCUACACUACACACGUCUUUUUACUUUUUUAAAAUGAAAGUUAUGUAUGAAUCUACUUGAAUGUCUGCAAUACAAGAAAAGUGUUUACAUUUUCUUCUUUUUUUUUAAUUAACGUGAUUUAAAUAUAUUGUUAAGUACACAAAUAAGUCAAAACUGGGUUAAAUUACGUAUUAAUCAUGAAAUUAAUUUGUAAAUUAGUACUACAAUACUGCUCUAUUUUGAUUUACUGCAAAGUUAAGCUAAAAAAAAGAGGGGAAAAAAUGGUUUUCUUUUAUAGUAAAGAAAUGAUUAAUUGCGAAGUUUAUGUUCAUUUUAUUUCAGUCACUGCCAUUUAUCAUCUAUUAAUAGUCAAUAUGCCUUAAAGAUAUAGUUGCGUAUUAUUAGCAAUUGACAGAUUGCAAACUAUUUUAAAUGCAUGUAAUAUUUACAAAAUGAGCUCCAGUUAUCUGGGGUAUAUAUUUAAAAAUUAUUUACAAGAGAAAAUU